AUGAACGACGAAACUCAAUUCACAGAAAGAGCACUGACAAUUCUGACGCUGGCCCAAAAACUAGCGCAAGACCAUCAGCAUGCCCAAUUGCAGCCUGUACAUAUCUUGGGUGCAUUUGUGGAAACACCUGAAGAUGGCUCAAUUCCAUACCUACAAAACUUGAUUGAGAAGGCCAGGUACGACUACGAUACUUUCCGCAGGACGGUCAACAAGCAUGUCGUAAGGAUUCCACAACAAAAUCCUGCACCUGCUCAAGUUACACCUAGCUAUGCUACAGGCCAAGUACUACAAGAGGCUAUGAAAAUUCAAAAGCAGCAAAAAGACUCUUUUGUCGCUCAAGACCAUAUUCUUUUCGCUCUUUUCAAAGACUCUACUAUCCAGCAAAUAUUCAAAGAAGCACAAGUUGAUGUUGAAGCUGUAAAGCAACAAGCGCUCGAGUUGAGAGGCAACCAGAAGAUUGAUUCCCGCGGAGCGGACACGAGUAGCUCCCUCGAAUAUUUGAGCAAAUAUGCCAUCGACAUGACAGAGCAAGCAAGGAUGGGCAAGCUUGACCCUGUUAUUGGCAGAGAAGAAGAAAUUAGAAGUACGAUCAGAGUACUGGCUAGAAGGAUUAAGUCCAACCCUUGUUUGAUCGGUGAGCCUGGUAUUGGUAAAACCGCAAUUAUUGAGGGUGUUGCCCAGCGUAUUAUUGAUGAUGACGUUCCCAGCAUAUUAUUCGGUUCCAAACUGUUUAGCUUGGACCUUGCUGCUCUGACAGCAGGUGCCAAAUACAAGGGUGACUACGAAGAAAGAUUGAAAGGCGUUCUCAAGGAGGUCGAAGAGUCCAAAACUUUGAUCAUCCUGUUUAUUGACGAAAUUCACAUGCUUAUGGGCAACGGCAAAGACGACGCAGCCAACAUUUUGAAGCCAGCACUUUCUAGAGGCCAUUUGAAGGUUAUCGGCGCUACCACUAACAACGAAUAUAGAUCAAUUGUGGAGAAGGAUGGCGCGUUCGAAAGGCGUUUCCAGAAGAUAGACGUCCAGGAGCCAACGACGAGACAGACUGUGGCCAUAUUGAGAGGCCUUCAGCAAAAGUACGAGAUUCACCAUGGUGUGAGAAUUCUUGACAGCGCUUUGGUUACAGCUUCGCAACUUGCCAAGAGAUAUCUUCCUUACAGAAGACUUCCUGACUCAGCUCUGGAUCUAGUCGACAUAUCUUGCGCCGGUGUUGCUGUAGCUAGAGACUCUAAACCAGAAGAGCUUGACUCUAAGGAGCGUGCACUACAACUAUUGCAAGUCGAAAUAAAGGCUCUUGAAAGAGAUGAAGAGGCUGACCCAACCACCAAGGAAAGGUUGCAACAAGCCAGACAAAGGGAAGCAUCUUUGCAAGAAGAACUUGAGCCUUUAAGACAACGCUACAACGAGGAAAGAAAAGGCCAUGAAGAAUUAACCAAGGCUAAGAAGAAGUUAGAAGAGCUUGAGAACAAGGCCGCAGAUGCUGAACGUCGCUACGACACUGCAACUGCUGCCGACUUGAGAUACUUCGCCAUCCCAGAUCUGAAGAAUCAAAUCGAGGUUCUUGAGAACCAAGUUUUGGAAGAAGAAAGCCGUGCCGGAUCUGGAGCAAUGGUCCAGAACGUGGUCGACAGCGACACAAUUGCUGAAACGGCCGCUAGAUUGACCGGUAUCCCAGUGAACAAGCUUACCGAGUCGGAGAACGAGAAACUCAUCCACAUGGAAAGAGAGCUUUCUUCGGAGGUGGUCGGCCAGUCUGAGGCUAUCAAGGCCGUGUCGAAUGCGGUGAGAUUGUCGAGGUCCGGUCUGUCCAACCCAAGACAGCCUGCUUCCUUCCUUUUCCUGGGUCUCUCAGGCUCUGGUAAGACCGAGCUGGCCAAGAGAAUCGCCGCGUUUUUGUUCAACGACUCAGACGCGAUGAUCCGUGUGGACUGUUCGGAGUUAAGCGAGAAAUACUCCGUUUCCAAGCUGCUGGGUACCACGGCGGGAUACGUUGGCUACGAGGAGGGUGGCUUCCUGACAAACCAGUUGCAGCGCAGACCUUACUCGGUGCUGUUGUUCGACGAGGUCGAGAAGGCUCACCCUGACGUGCUGACCGUGAUGCUGCAAAUGCUGGAUGACGGUAGACUGACUUCUGGCCAGGGCAAGACCAUCGACUGCUCAAACUGUAUCAUCAUCAUGACUUCGAACCUUGGUGCAACUUUCAUCAGUUCGCAGUCGGGCUCUCGCAUCGAGGAGUCCACCAAGAACCUUGUCAUGGGCGCUGUGAAGCAGCACUUCAGACCCGAAUUCCUGAACAGAAUCUCGAGCAUAGUGGUGUUCAACAAGCUAUCGCCAAAGGCCAUCCAUAGAAUUGUGGAUAUCCGGCUCAAAGAGAUUGAGGACCGGUUCGAGGAGAACGACAAGCACUACAAGCUGGACCUCACGCCGGAGGCCAAGAACUACCUGGCCAGAAACGGCUACUCCGAGGACAUGGGUGCUCGGCCUUUGAACCGUCUCAUUCAGAACGAGAUCCUGAACCGCAUGGCAAUGCGUAUCCUAAAGGGCCAAAUCAAGGACAAAGAAACAGUCAGGGUCGUACUUAAGCACAACGAGAAUCCCGACAUGGAAGAGCCGGACCAGUUAGACGUUCUUCCCAACCAUCAGAGCUCAGACGCUGAUAUGGACGUUGACAAUGACUGGGACGAAGAUCUCGACGACAGCGUGACUGACGCCACGCCCCUAGACUAA